UCCGUUCACGCGAGAUUUAGAAUGUAAGGAAAAUGGCGGCACACAAAGCGGAGUGUUGACCAAAUUUCCACUAAUAGAUUCAUCAAUCGGAUUUUAUGAGGACUCAUUGCAAGGAGAGAACUUCGUGUACAUGAGGAAAGAAUUAUUGUCAUCGGAUUUUCGCGAUAUGGCAAGAAGAUCGCAUAUAUGUUCAAAAGACAUUCCUGGCGCCCACCUCCGUGUUCGUGACGAUGUCUCGACUGUGUUUUAAUUCUCAGCUUUCUUCGUGAAACGCAUUUUUGAGUGACUGAUACUUCAUUGACAUUCGCCAUGGCAGGGAAAGAGUACAAGCCAGGCGAUAAAAUAUUUGCCAAGAUGAAAGGCUACCCACAUUGGCCGGCGAGGAUUGAUGAACUCCCAGAUGGUGCAGUCAAACCCCCUAAAGGAAAAUAUCCAAUUUUCUUUUACGGUACACAUGAAACUGCGUUCCUGCUGCCGAAGGAUAUCUUUCCAUAUGACGAGAACAAGGAAAAGUACGGGAAAAAGCACGCGAGGAAGGGUUUCAAUGAGGGUCUCUUUGAGAUUGAAAACAACCCUGAUGUCAAGUUUAAAGCACCGACAAGUUCCGAAGACGAUGAGGAGAUGGAGGAAGAAGAGGAGGAACCCGAGGAAGAGGAGGUGAAGGAGAAACCAGCCAAACCCAAGAAAGCCCAGUCAGAUGAUGAUGAUUUUCAGAAGGGGAGACCACCCAAGGAGGCCAAGCAACCCCAGAAGAGGAAGUCUACGGCUGGAGGGGCCAAGGCAGCGUCGGCCAAGAAAGCCAGGAGGGUGUCACGGUCUGUGUCCAAGGACUCCAAGGAGGAAGGUCGAGAGGAGGAAGACUUUGAUGCCGGAUCCUCCCCACCAUCAGACAAUUCCGAUGACGAGGACUUUGCUGAGGAAAAGAAACCUAAAGGGAAGCGAGGGCGGCCAUCAACCGGUGCUGGGCGGGGUAGGAAGAAGUCAAAGGCUGUGUCGGAAAGCGAGAGCGGUGACGACGACGAGGUGGAAGAUGGGGAGGAUGCAGCAGAAGAAGAAGAGGAGGAGAAACCCAAGGCGAAGGCCAAAGCUAAACCCAAGAAAGAAACCCCCAAACCUGCUGCCAAGAAGGCUGCUCCCAAGAAAGUGGGUCGACCGUCCCUGGGUGGGAAGAAAAAGGCCGAGGAGAAGCCUGCUGUGUCUAGUGACAGCAUCAGCUCUGAUAGUGAUAGUGAAUCCAACGAUGAUGGUGUGAGCAGUUGGAAGAAGAGAGACGAGGAGAGGAAGAAGGAGAUCGAGAAACGUAUCAAGCAGGAAGAGGAGAAGCGACUGAUGGCGGAGGAGGAGCGUAUCCGAAUCGCGUCGGAGGAGUUGCAGAAGGAGAAGGAGGCACGUCGCGAGGAAGGAGAAGACGAAGAUGACCGCGACACACACAAGAGGCAUCGCAAGAAGAAGAAAUUCGAGGACUUUGUGGACGCUGACGAUGAAAAAGAAAGAAAACGGAAACGGAAAGAGAGUUUAGACCGAUCAAAGCAUAAAGACGAUGAUGACGAGGAUGAUUCAGAUGUGGAAAAGGAAAAAGUGGAAAAAGAAAAAGUGAAAAAGAACAAAAAGACCGAUAAAAGUGAAGAAAAAGAAAAAAGUGUUAAGAAAUCACGGAAACACAAAGACUCCACGAAAGAUGAUUCAGUUCUGGAAGAAAAUGAGGAAUCAAAAGACAAAAGUGAGAAAAAAGAGAAAGUAAAAGAAAAGGACUCGAAAAAGAAGGAAGAAAAAUUAAAUGAAAAAUCUAAAGAUAAAGACGGUGAGAAAAAGUCUGAGCCGAAGUCAGAGAAGAAGGGUAAGAAGGUGAAAGUGUUGAGUAGUGACGAGUCGGAUGGCGAGGAAGUGGAGAGGAAGAAGGAGGAGGGGGAGGAGAACGAGGAAGAGGGUGCUGCGGUGAAGGACGAAGGUGUCGGAGGGAAAGAGGAGAAGAUGGAGGAAGAAGAGGAACAGGAGAAGGAGGAAGCCGUGGAUGAGAAACCGGACAACCAACCCAAGGAAUCGAAGAAAAAAGAAGCAAAGAAACCGAAGGAACCAAAGUCAAAGAAGGAGGAGACACUAAAGGCAGAAGUUUCAGAGAAGGAAGAUGAUGAAAAGAGGAGAAAACAGGAUAAAGAACGAAGACACCAUGAUAAGGAAGAAGAGAAGGAGAGAAAGAAACGAAUAAAGUACGAACAGAAGAAGAAAGAAAAAAUACAUUUUAUCCAGACGGAGACCACCCUCAUCCAGAUGGACAUCGAGAUAAAGAAGUCAUUACAAGUUGAUAAAACAGAUGUAGACAAGUGCAUUGCCAUCAUGGAGGAUCUGGAAGCGUUGCCCGUCAACCAGAUCAUGCUGAAGAAAAACCCUGACAUCAUGAACACCAUCAAGAAGUGUCGGAAGUACAAGGGCAGCGAUCGCAUCAAGUCCAAGGCGGAAGUGAUAUACAACAAGUUCAAGGCACUAUUUGUCAUGGGAGAUGGAGAAGCUCCUCCACAGCUGACGGAGAUGAAGAAGAAACCAGAACUGAACCAAAAGGAGAACAAGGAGAACGAACUUGACACACAGAAAGGCAGUGAUUCCACACCGACGGACAACAAAGUGAAUGAUAUAACCGAUGGCAACAAAGACACAAACCUUUCUGCGGAAUCGGCCGUGCUGUUGGAAUCGGUAGGCGGAGGCGGAGGAGACCCAAAGGAUCCCAAUCCGUUCUUCUUCUCGAAACCAUCAGCAGUUAUUCCAGGGUUAGAUCUCAUCAAUCCAAACCAAGCCGGUCGUCCAAAACCCGUCCCCCAGCCGGUGCCCCAACCUGAACCAAACAUACCAGAAAACAUCAAGGCAGUGUUGUCAGACCUCAGUGACGAGGAGACUGACGCCAAGGUGAAGGUUGCAGGGGGGGCGGCACCAAACGUGGAGGUACCAAGUCUGGAGGUACCGAAUCUGGAGGUACCAAACCGUGAAAGUGACACGAAAGACAAAACCCCUGUGGAACCGGUGGUGCCAGAUCAGACGGAUCUCUUUCAAGGAUCUGUGAACGAAAAUUCCAGAGAUGUUGUGGAAGGGUCCGAGCCAAAGAAAGUGUCCGGGAUUUUAGAUCUGCCACUUCCAGAUGUUGACACAGACAAUAGUAACAUGACGCCGCUCACCGGCGCCGACACCCCUGCUUCCAGAGUGGAGGGGUCAAGUCCCCUCGUGAACCCUGUGGGUGCUUCAGGGAACACGACCGACACAAGUGUCAUCCCUUCACCGGUUGUGGAUUCCGAUUCGGCAAAGGAGCCUUCCCAUGAUGCACCCCAUGCUGUGACAUCGCCACCGGUGGAAGUGGCGGUGGCUCAAGAAUCAGCGAUGGAGACAGUGGCGUCACUUGUACCUGACUCGGCAGCGGUAGUUCCGGAGACGUCAACGACAAAGUUCCACAACGAGGAGGAGGAAGAGGAGGAGGAGGAAGAUGUGGAGACAACAGAUCGACGUGACCUGAAUGCUCGCAUCCAAGAGAUCAUUAUGGGAACACAGGAGAAGAAGGGACCAGCGUCGUUGCCUGACGAAGACGGCGGUAGUGAGAGCGACCCAGUCAUGGACGAUGACGAACUCCAUUCUCUGCUGGGGGUAUGAAGUUGAGGAGGUUGUUGGUUGUGUGGAUGUCUUUCAACUUCAUUGUAGUCGCGUAUGGAAAUGAUGUCUUCAUUUAUUUGGUGAUAAGGCAAAUAAUUCUCUCUAACAGUCGCUGUUGGUUUAGAAUAUCACUGGUCUGGGCACAAACCCCUGAUAUUGGGAAACCAGAAAAGAGCAAUGAGGAAAUGUGACGAAAGAACUUCCAGGAGAAUAGUUCCUGGUGACGGAGAAGAAAACCAAUAAUCCUUCAGCUCUAAAUAAUGGAGAAAACAAAUGUCAGCGCGACGUCUACAAUCAAACAGAAAAUAUUGGUGAACAUGGAUAUUCAGAAAAGAAGUUCCCAUCCAGGAUGUGUAGUGAUACGAAGGAAGUGAUGAGGCAGGGGAUUGUGGGUAGUCUUCACUGACCUUGACAUGACCCUUCUUGCGAGUGAGGAAUUCGUGAUUCUCAUUUCAAGGUUUACAAUGAUGAACGGCAAGUAAACGAAACAUUUCAACAUUUCAUUCAUCCUGUAAUUAUCUGUAUCUCUGCCGAACAUAUUAGUCGGAUAUCGUUAAGUUGUGCAGUGUCGAGCAGGAUGAUUCACUGGUUCAAGGACAACAGAAUUCUUUGACACACAGCCUUGGCGCAUCGAUUCAAAGAAGUGAAAUGUCGGGCUCAUACACUGUCUGAAAGUGUGCCAAUUUUCUGGAACCUGUUAAAUGUUCAGCUUGAAGUUGUGAAGUGGAGUCAUGCACGUUUAUUAUUUAGUGUCAAACUGUUGUGUAGACCAUCUGUGGCAUUAGGAUGCAACAUCUGUCAUUCACUGCCGUUAUGAAUCAAACACGAACCUUUUCCAUAAAAUUUGUGCUUGUGACAAAUGAGUGACUAGUUAAAUCUGUGGAAGAAUAUCGGUACAAAAUUUAGCAGUUGACUCAAAAGAUUCUGGUGCAAAGACAUUAACUUUGGAUCAGUUCUGGGCUGACGUUUAUAUGAAGUUUCAGUGAGAUAUUGGACUGGGAAUUAUAUGAAGUAUUGAUGUAUCAACUUGAGGAAUGGAGAGUGUGUGUCAGUGUUUUAAAGUACACAAUAAAUGUUCAUCUUGUC